AGUGUAGAGCUGCCGGGGUGCUAGCGAAGCACCGGACCUGCGUCAUGUGAGUCCAUUGGGUCCGCCAAGUGUGUUUGACAACACAUCGGACACUUUUGCUAAGCGUACUGAUCAUCGCAAGUGUCCAAAGACCGGAAGUUAGAAAACUUUACGGCCGCGGCAGUGACCACCGACCACUUUCAGUUUCCUCCUAGCUUUUAUUAAAACCGGGUUGUAUUGAGCUAUAAAAUGUCCUUCUUCGUGUAGAGAAGGGCCUGAAACCGAUGAUCAAACACCAUUAAAUACACCCUCUAUGAUUUAAUAUUCUAUCGCGUUUCCUCGCCUUCGCCUCAUCUCCUUGUUAGUGGACUGUGCACCAGAGGCUUGCGGAUCGAUCCAAAUAUCGGUAGUGUGGAUACCAAGGGUAGUAGCCGUAUUGAAUCGAUACUGACGCAAGGGGGACGGUUUUUCUGAUUUUCAUAUUGCUGCGUUGUUGAUGGCUUUGGCGGAAAAAAUUACAUUACAUUACAUUCAGAACCAGCAGCGGGUUUUGCAUUCAAUCAUUGGGAAAAGGUUCAUUUUUUUAAACAUCAAUAUCAGUGUCGAUAUCGGCAUUUGCAAUACUCUAAUGUCCAGUUUGGUGGUAUCACUGUCCUAAUGUUGUCGUCGGAUCGAUGGUAAAGUCGGCAGUAUCGCCCAACCCUGUGCUGCACAUGCGUAGUUGCACUAUUGACGCAAUGUAACAUAUUCGCUGUUUCAAGCUAAACUUACUUACUCUGUGUCUGUCAUUAUUUUUCACUUUUACAUACCACUUUGCUCAUCCCGUGUCAAUGUAAGAGCACAUAACGUAUAAACUAGUGACAAUAUCGAAUUAUUUUCCCGUAAUUCCCGUAAAAGUAAUAUAUAAAACGACAUUAUUAGUUAGUGCUUUUACCCAACCACAAGAUGCCGCUGUAUCGCUUGUAGCAGUACAUACAGUUGGCAGGCAGGCAAUCAAAAAGACUUGCAAAUUGGUUGACAGGUGCUAUAUAAUAGAAAUUGUGAUCAUUUUAAAUUAAGUGGUUAUUACGCUUCGCUUACAUGAUUUGAUAUGGUCAUCUUUGAUCUUAUACCGGUCUCUAAGAUCUUACAAGUGUGUGUGUAUAGUUCAAAUGUGUCUAUUAGACUGUUCGUGUCCAUUUUACUGUAUUAGUUCAGUUCCUCAAUUUGAAGUAACUUUGCCAGUUGUUUAAGUGAUAUCACCUCCAGCGCUUCCUAGAUAGCGCAGCCCUCCCUGCAAGGAUCGCUGCGGCGUGCUGCAUUCAUGAUUCCACGAAAUCUUACUACCCAUUCACCAAUACGGUUGUUAUUGUGUUUUUCCUCGGUGUGCAGCUGAACUUACAAGAUAUUUCGUUACGUAUUGUAGUUUGCCCAUUUAAUUUCCUAUAGUGUGGUAGUUACAUGACUAUUAGGAGCAUAAUAUCCGCUCUUUUGUAACGGUAGAACAGUCGACACAUCGGUGUUGCUGUUGUCUAUGUGCACUUAUCGGCCACCGUAGUAAGUAAAUGCGUUGCCACAAUAUGAACCUUACAAGCCAUGACAACAUGUUCAAUCAUCAUACACCAAAUGGAUAAGAUUAACAUUAACUACCAGAGACAAACGUCGUACGUCUUGUCUAAUUUAAAAAGAAUUUUAAAAAGUUUAAAAAGGAACUUUGACUAUGAGGUAGUGAGCGCUUGAAUGUUGGAGCUUGUGGUAAGCUCGUGAAGGCAGCACGAGCUUGCCCCUGUUUACUUGCUUUGUCAGCGGUGUCCCCGCAGUGGAUCUCAUGUAGAUCACCUGCAGCCGACCACAAACCCUGGACCUUUAUCUGACUGACAUCAUACCAUCAGCACUUUACUAUCUCGGAUAAGAAGCAUUGUUUCACUCUCUUGCGGACCUUGCACGGAGGAGGCGUAGGGGUGGGGGCGGGUGGGUUGCGAAUCGGGUUCACAUGUUUUUCUACGUCCACCGGAAAGAUGACGUUAAAAUCCAAUAAAAACGAACCCGCUGUCAUCCUGGAGCCUGUGAACUCUGCCCGGUCAGCCCUCUCCGAUCUCUACCUGGAGCAGCUCCUUCAAAACAAACCAAAGUCUGACAAGCAGGUAGCCAUGCAAACCUUGGACAGCAAAGGGGCGGAGCUUUACACCAACGGAAGCGCCAAAUACAUGAACGGCACCGAGCUGACCAAGAUGAAAGAAGUGGCGUUUGAAAAGAAUCCUUCCGAGCCAAUGGGCGUCACUCUGAAAAUGAACGACAAACAACGGUGCACCGUGGCCAGGAUAUUGCACGGGGGCUUGAUACACAGACAAGGAUCCCUGCACGAAGGCGACGAGAUCGCAGAAAUCAACGGGAAAAGUGUGACUAAUCAAACAGUAGAUCAGCUACAAAAGAUCCUGAAAGAAACCAAUGGAUUAGUCACAAUGAAGAUCCUUUCUAACCAGAGGAGUCACUCCAAAGCCUGUGAGACGUACAUGAGGGCCCAGUUCAACUACGACCCCUCCACGGACGAGCUCAUCCCCUGCAAAGAGGCGGGGCUGCGUUUUCAAACCGGCGACAUCAUCCAGAUCAUCAACAAGCAGGAUCCCAACUGGUGGCAGGGCACCGUGGAGAGCAGCGCCGCCGACUUUGCCGGACUCAUCCCAUCACCGGAGCUCCAAGAAUGGAGGGUGGCAAGUAAAAGCAACGCCAAGGAGGGCGGUCAGUCCUGGAGCCCGUUUGGAAAGAAGAAGAAGUGCAAAGACAAGUACCUGGCCAAGCACAGCUCAAUUUUCGACCAGCUGGAUGUGAUUUCCUACGAGGAAGUUGUCAAGCUCCCUGCUUUCACACGAAAAACCUUGGUGCUCAUCGGCGCCCCCGGUGUUGGGAGGAGCCACAUCAAAAAUUCACUGCUGACCAAAUACCCUGAGAAAUUUUCCUACCCCGUACCACACACCACCAGGGCUCAGCGUAAGGACGAGGAGAACGGCCAGGAGUAUUAUUUCAUCUCUAAUGAAGCCAUGACCAAGGGCAUCGCCAACAACGAGCUGCUGGAGUACGGCAGUUUUCAGGGAAAUAUGUUUGGUACCAAAAUUGAGACCAUCCAUAAGAUCCACGAGCAGGGAAAAAUCGCACUGCUGGACGUGGAGCCGCAGACAUUGAAGGUCUUGCGAACUGCUGAUUUUGCUCCCCUGGUGGUGUUCAUCGCGCCCACCGACACAGCGCCGCAGGUACGACACCCGUGCUCUAAUAAACCAGCGCGUGGCGUCGCGUGGAGUUGCUGGUUUCACGUGUUAUGUCUCCCCCAGACGGAGAACCUGCGGAUGAUCCAGAAGGAAUCGGACGCCAUCCUGACGGCGUACAGACACCUCUUCGACCUGGUCAUGGUCAACAAUGACGUGGACGAGAGCGUGAAAGGUGUGGAGGAGGCCCUGGAGCAGGCCACCUCCACACCCCAGUGGGUGCCUGUCUCGUGGGUGUACUGAUGGGCAGCGGACACCAGCGUCAUAUCUUGUUAUCUUUGGAAAGCAGUGCAAUAUCACUCCUUACACAAAACCUCUGAGUUAGUGAUGUCCCGAGUGUGAAUGGGUUUAUUUUUGGGUACAUUUUCACAGAUGUUUGCAUGUGUGCAUUAUUAAAAAAAGCAAUAUUUGGAAAGAUUUCUAUCAGAAAGCAGAGACCCUCAGCAGGGAUUUAUGAUGAGCUUGUUGACGUAUUUGUGCUUAAGGCUUUUGAGGGUGCCAUACAACGUUGUGAUGGUUGUAUUGUGAGUACAUGCAAAAUAGGACCGCAACUGUGAAUGAAAUCCUCCCUUUCAAGUGAUAGGAUUUUAUUACUAUGUCUCCACGUUGUUAUCUUUUCAGUGCAUAGAUCAGGGCUUGGUUUUGGGUGGAACAGCACAUGUAACUGUCUUGUUCGGUCGGUGGUCUGUCACAACUCAAACUGUAUACCUCGUAGGCACUUUUACAAAUAUAUUAAAUUUCCCAGCUCUGUCGCAA